AUGGAGUUGUUCGGUUUCGCUAGUCCUCUUCAAAUCGUUAUUUCAAAUGAAAUUGACGAUUUAUGUACACAAUUCUUAAAAGGACAGAUAGAAACAACAUUCAAAACCCUCGUUUUACCAAGACCUUUUAGAAAUUCUGUCGUGCCCCAAGAGUCUUUUUAUGUUUUAGCAGAUUUCCUUUAUCAAUUGUCGUGUGUCGGAAGGGGCUCUCUUGGUAAUGAGGUCUCAAAAGUAUUGUUGGUGAAAAACACUGACAGGCUAGAGAGAGCAUCACCGAAGCUUCAGAUCUAUGAAGUCUUCUUAAAUUCAGGAUUCCAAUAUUUAAUUUUACUUGCAAAGAAAUGGAGUCAGAAAGCUUACCGACGAACAAACACCAUACAAAGUCCACAUCAUGACCAUCCAGGCAACCUGGUAAUAAAGAAUGAACUGGUAAACAGAAUAUAUCUUUUUUUCAAAAAAUGGAUGCCGGCUUUGUCGCGAAUCUUUUCCAUCAUACGCUUGUUAUUUUUCAUAAAUAAGCAUCAUUGCCGUACAUUAUCGCAACUAUUCCUCGGCCUUCAUUACAUUUCAAUUGAUACCUCAGAAAAAAGUUUCACAAAAAACAAGUUUUUUUUACUUCUACUUUACAACUUCGUAAGACUGACAAUAUCGAUACUGAAGAAUACAAAGCGAGGCAAACAUUUACUUGUUCAGGAAACCGAUAACGACUCUUGGUCGAUAGAACCUGCAACGCUAGAAAAUCCUGAAACCUUCUCUUUUAUACCAGAUAGUUCCAGAAAAUGUGCUUUAUGCAUGGAGUGGAUGCAUAAACCGACAGUUACUGAAUGCGGCCAUAUAUAUUGCUGGCAUUGCAUAUACAACUGGGCGAAAACCAAGCCAGAAUGUCCAUUGUGCCGAUCUUUUGCCUCCCCUUCGAAGCUAAUCUUACUCCGGUAGACAUUAACAAUUAUCGUUAGACUGUCAAAAUACUAACCGGUUUUUGAAGCCGUUUCACGUCUAUUACAAAGGAAUAAAGACAACGUACUUUUUUAUACACAUUCCACGAAUGGCCUAUUUAUGUACAUAUAAAAAACUUCAACUCCAUUAGAGUUGGAUGGUCAGUAGCAAAAAACUAUUCAUUGCUUGUCUCGAGCAGUAAGAACUCAAAUUGCGGCUAUAAGAUCUUUUAAUCUUUAUUUUUUAUUUUUUUUGAAGAGCGUCACUA